AUGUCGCAAGCUACCAAUCCCUUCGUUGCCGCCUCUCUCCCCCCUGGUCGCGACCACGGCAACAUUAGGGAAAUGUACAACGGCCGGAUCAUCUGUAUUCAGCACGGCUUCAGUACGUGCGACACGUGCGAUGUGGACUAUAGCUUCCUAGAUGAUAUCAUCCCUGCCGACAAGGGUGAAGAGGACGAGCUCUUCAUGAUCCGCGGCGGCUUUUCAUCCGACCUCAAUGACGACCCUUUCACAGAUUCCGAGUUUGAUUGGAUGUCUGGAGCCGGCAGUGAUUCUGAAGAGGAUGACUCUUUCGCAGAAUUCGGCAGUGAUUCUGAAGAGGAUGACUCUUUCGCAGGUUUCGAUAUUGAUUCUCUUCAAGGUCGAAAUGACCCUUUCACAGAACCGGAGCAUGAUCGGAUGCCCGAAGCCGACCCUCAGGAUGACCCUUUCGCAGAAUCCGAGCUUGAUUCUCCUCAAGCUGGGGCUGGAUCCGAUCCCCAGACCCAACACCUGGAGCCGAGAGCCGGGACUGGCCGUGUAUUCCCAUUAGCCUUCCAAUCCCCCGUGGCCCAUCCUUUUGAAUUGGUGAGACCUGAAAAUCACUCCGCGCUGAGCGGAGCAACUCGUUACAUCCACCGUGACAACGCCUCAACGGCCUUUGUCAUAGUUAGUGGCUCGUGUCUAAACAACGGCACAGCUCAUGCCAGGGGAGGUUGGGGCAUCGCCUUUGGCCCUGGGGAAAACUCGGCCGGCGGCGCCGUGGAGGCAUGCAACCCCUUCACCGGCGGGUUCAUCAAGCCAACCAGCAACCGGGUCAAGCUGCGCGCCUUCAUCGCGGGAGUCCGCGCGUGUAGCUGGGCCGAGGAGGGCUUCAACAAUGUCAUCAUCAUCACGGACUCGAAGUACCUCUUGGACGUCGGUACAGUUCGCGCCAGGGCCUGGGGACCGGAAACAGGAUUCGUGCCCAACCAGGACCUGUGGCGAUUGCUGCUGGGCGAGGUGGAGCGCCAGGAUGAGCUGGGAGUGUCUAUCCAUCUGUGGCAGUGCAGCGGUAGUGACGUGUAUGGGCUUGUCAACACGAUUGCCGGCGAGGCCAGCAGGGUUAGCCUGAACCCGACCCAAUGGGCGGCCGGGCAAGCUAUGAUGGUAGCUAAUGGUCAAAGAAAAAGGAGGAAGAAGAAGAAGAAGAAGAAGAAGAAGAAGACCGAACGGCGAUGGGUGCAGAGAGAAGCUGCAAGCCUUGCUAGAUACUGGGACUGA